AACAAAACAGAAAUCUAUACCCUGCGCAAAUUCAUACAUAAUGGCUCCCACAGCCGCAUACAAGAAGCGCAAGGUCGACGAGGGCAUGAAGGGCAGAGUGACCUCACGCCCGUCAAAGAAAUUUAAGAAGCAAAAACGCUACGAAAGCGAUUCCGACGACAGCGAAGAGGAAGAACCUGAAAACACCGACUUCAAGCCCGUGACCUUGGAGGAUUCGGACGAUGAAGUGAACGAUGACGCUCCGGCUGAUGAGUCUGAUGGCGCCGAUGAUGCUGCAGGAGAGUCGGAAGGCGAUGAUGAAAGUGAUGCGGAAGAGGAGGGUUCAGAAUCCGAAGCCAGCGAUGCCUCCUCCGAUUCGGAAUCUUCACGAAUUCAGUCCAAGAAGCGCAAGCGGAAUGAUCCCGAGGCUUUCGCAAACUCCAUGACCAAGAUUUUGGGCUCGAAACUUUCCACCUCAAAGCGUGCCGACCCUGUCUUAGCCCGGAGCAGGACUGCUGCGGAUGCCGCCCAUGAACUCUCGAACUCUCGACUGGAAGCCAAAGCGAAGCAUAAGAUGCGCGAGGAGAAAAAGGCUCAAUUGGACCGUGGCCGUGUUAAGGAUGUGUUGGGACUGGAGUCGGCUCCCGCAGAGGGCGGAGAAGUGUCUGUUGCCGAAACAAUCGAGUUGGAGAGACGCCUAAAGAAGACUGCCCAGCGUGGUGUCGUGAAGCUUUUCAACGCUGUUCGAGCAGCACAGGUCAAAGCGGAGGAGAUCGCCAAGCAGAUGCAGAAGGAUGGCACUGUCGGCGUGGCAAAAAGAGAGGAAAAGGUCAAUGAGAUGAGCAGAAAAGGUUUCUUGGAUCUUAUCGCCAGCGGAGGAAAGAAGGGCUUGGGCGCCGAUAUUGAGGAAGCCCGGUAAUGAAGAGGAUGCACAUUUUCGCAUCAUAAAAAGUUUCAUUUUUUUUGCGUUUGUCGCUUGGGAAAAAGGUUAUGGUUGGAGGUGUUAUAUGUCGCAUAUCGCAUGGCUCCUUUUGUCUUGGUCAUUGUACAGUACGGAUCAUUUUAUCACAAGCAAUACCCUCAUAGAAUGAAAUGUCCGAACGACGGGCAGCAAUUCCUCAUGCC